AUGUUUGGUGCCUUGAAUCGUUUUAUAGCUCGCCUCGAUGGUGAGCCGCCUCCACGACAAGCAGACUCCGGCCCGUCGGACACCUCGUACGGCUUCCAGGUCCUGCGAAACACAAACAAGGACCUCCCUAUUGAACCCUGGUUCGACUUCAUCAUAGGCAUCAACGGCCAUUAUCUGGACUCCCCGGAUCCCGCCUUGUUUACAACCGAACUGCGCAACUGCGCUGGCGGAUACUGCUCCCUGGAUCUAUGGAGUGCAAAGGGUCAACGAACACACUCGGUCAGCGUGGCCGUUCCUGCUCUGCCCGAGACGCUCGGGCUCUCGCUACAACUGACACCUCUAAAUUCCUCACACAAUAUCUGGCACGUCCUUACCAUACCCUCCCCCUUGUCCCCGGCCCAUCAAGCGGGCCUCCUGCCACACAGCGACUACAUCCUGGGCUCGCCAAGCGGUACCUUGAAGGGGGAAGCUGCUCUGGGCGAGCUCGUUGAAGACCACCUCAACCGCAGUCUGGUAUUAUGGGUCUACAAUUCAGAAUUCGACGUGGUUAGAGAGGUGGAACUCGUGCCCCGAAGAGGGUGGGGAGGCGAGGGUGCUUUGGGUGCGAUUCUUGGUUUCGGCGCCCUCCAUCGCCUGCCCGUGGGAUUGGGAGAAGAGGUGCAGGCACCUGGAGAAAAUCUAUUUGACGCCGAUCGGAAGAGCAUGGAGAAUGGGCAGCACGAGGCGUUUUCCAACACCUUCCAACCUGCACCAGCCCAGGAUCUGCCUCCAGCGCCGAUGGUUAACCCAAAUGUUCCUCCACCUCCUCUGAUGAACCCCAAUGCGCCACCGCCCAAUGCCUCGGCACCUAGAUCACGCAAGGGCAGACAUCAUGGCGGAGCUGCUCUGGGCAGUGGCUUCGACGAUAUAUUCGCCGAAGGAGCAAAGAAGAGUGCCGAGCAAGACCAUGUACCUUCGAGGAAGGGCACACCACUUGCCCCGCCCCCCAAGCUCGCGUCUGCUGGACCCACACCACAUUCUGUCAGCCAUGAAAAAGAAGAUCCGCUAGCGCAAGCGGGUGAAGAUCUAGGUGAACCUGGGGAUGCCGAGGAAACUUGA